GAAUUAUGAACAGAAAUAUAAUUAUUCUGAAUAUCCUCAUCCAUGUUAGGUUUUUUUUCAAGAACUGUUGUUAAAUUUCAAUUUUCAACAUCAACUAUAUUAGCCUGCGUGCAGUCUCUCAGUGCACGCAGGCUACAACUAUAUACUAACAUUAGCUGAUGUGAUAUGCUGACAUAAUUAACAUACUGACACUGUCAUUAAUUGUCAAAGGUUUCUUGAGACUUGACAAAAUUCCUUGAGACUGAAUGUAUUGCAGCCUUUUACAGGGUAACUCGGCUCUGUAAGCCUGCAAAACUGAAAAAAUCGUGUAAUUGACAGAUAUUAAACCACAUGCCCGCGGUACAGUUUCAAAACACAGACACGUUAUCUUAUUUCAUAUCGCUUAAUUAUAAACACAGUGACAUAUUAAUCACUAAACAGUUGACGUAUAUUAUGGCUAUAAUGAGUUUGAUCGUAGGGGUCUAUAUACAUCUGGCGUUUCAAAGCGUGUCUUGUUCUAUUUCGGACGACUAUAAACUUGUAUAAAUUUGGUCGGUGAAAAGGGCCUCGAAAAGGGCUAUAUUUAUCCUAAUUAACGCGCUCUCGUACUAAAGAGGAUGAAAAAAGUCUGGAUUGUUUUCGUGGCUAUAGUGUGUUUGCGUGCUACGGUACAAGGUUACACGCCAGAUCCUCACAAUAGAAAACCGAAAGAAUAUUCGUCACAGCCUCGCGACAAGAUUCUACAACGUCGCCGUCGACAAAUCGCCAGAUUAAAUGGAGACUUUAAACUUGGGGCAAUGCUGCCAAUUCACAUUUCUAAAGCAGGGCUGUGCUCAGGAAUAUAUGUUGACGGUAUUAUGCUAGUGGAAGCUAUUAUUUUCGCCCUGCGAGAGGUUAAGCAUAGAAAAUUGCUUCCGGAAGGAAUCACGCUUGGAUAUGAAAUACGGGACACUUGUAAUUCUGUCAUUGUCGCGCAGCGCCACACGCUUGACAUCGUCUUCGAGGCAACGGUAUAUGCUGAAAGAAAUAACAAGUACAUGAAUGACAGUAACGACUCAACGUUAUCGUAUUCUACACGCGACUACAAACAAUCAAGUAAUAGUUUGAUAGCCGUCGUGGGUGCUGGAAACAGCGAGAUAACAGUUGCUGUCAAUAGAGUAUUAAGUGCUUUCAACAUUCCUCAAAUCGGUUUUGCUUCCACUUCGAGAUAUCUCAGCGAAAAAAUGCGUUUUCCUUCCUUCCUCCGCACUGUUCCUCCUGAUACGUAUCAGGUGGAGGGUCUUGUUGCAAUGUUCGAAACGUUUUCUUGGAAGUAUGUGGGAAUUUUGGUUUCGGACGGAGAUUACGGGCGGCCGUUAGCGGACUCUUUUACGUCAUCAGCUAAACGCAAGGGAAUUUGCAUUGCCUACGAGCACUUGGUGCCAUUCCAUGUUAACUUGGAAGAUGCAAAAUCUAUUGUCAGAAGCUUGAAUUCGAAAACGAACAUAGAAAUUGUUGUGAUUUUACUUCCCGAGCCUGACGUUAAAACGAUGCUCCUUGCGAUGUUACACGUUGGUCAUCUGAACAAAACGUUGAUAGCGAGUGAUUCAUGGUCGAGAGCCAUUAAUGAUUUGAAAUUCUCAAAGGUCAUCGCUGGAGCACUGGGCUUGGCACAUCAAUACAAGAAGGUAAAGAGAUUUGAAGAUUAUUUUCUUAAUUUGAAGCCGAACAAAAAUUAUUGGAACCCGUGGUUUAACGAAACUUGGGAGCAUAUAUUUAAUUGCGUACUGCCAAAAAGUGAUCAUAGGUAUGGGAAUAGAACUUUCCUGUAUUCAAGAAAAGCGGAGAAGUUCUGCAAUAUUGAAAAACAGCACUUGAAGAGACAAAAUUUCACAAGGUUUCAUUAUGUCAGUAGUAUUAUCAACGCCGUGUUUGCUGUAGCGAAUGGACUUCGAAAGUUCCACGAGAAGAAACACAUUUCUUCGCUAAGCCCAAAAAAGUUGCUGGAAACAUUGCGAGAAAUGACGUUUCAGAAAUACGAUGGUGAAAACAUCACGUUUGAUGAAAACGGGGAUGUGACUGGCAAAUUCAAUUUAGUGAACAUUCGUCCUGGUUUGUCGGUAAAAAAUGUCGGAAUAUGGAAUGGAGAAUAUCUGGAAAUUGAAGAUUUUAAGAGGAUUUGGUGGAAUACAAAACUUAGACAACCCCCUAAUGGGGUUUGCUCCGUUCCAUGCCGCGCAGGGUGGUAUAAACUCGCGUCGAAAACUGAUCCGCAGUGUUGCUGGACCUGUCAACGAUGUCAUGUUGGAACUAUAAGUAACAGAACCGGGACGUCAAAAUGCGUCCUUUGUCCCGAAAACCACACGCCAAACGAAAACCAAACCGCGUGUGUCUUUGUUCCCCUCGAAUACCUGGAUUGGCACAGCUUUUGGACGAUUUCUAUCGUGAUUAUGGCAUUAAUAUCUGUGUUCAUUCUAAUGUUUGUCGCCAUGUUGUUUGCGCGAUUUGUUAACACGCCCGUUGUAAAAUCGUCCAACAGGGAGCUAAGUCUGCUGCUGGGUAUUGGUCUUUUCCUCACGUUUCUUGUGCCGUUUGCGUUUGCAGGUAAGCCGACAUCAUUUAAAUGUAUCAUAAGUCAAAUGAUGUUUUGCAUCGGUUGCGCCUUGGCCCUUUCUGCGAUGUUAUUCCGAACUCUGCGAAUUGUUAUGCUCUUCGAGUUCAAGAACCAAAGGCGUUGGCUUCUGAAGAAUAAAUACCAAAUCGUGUUGACAAUUGCGCUGACGUUUGCGGAGCUGACGUACUGCUUGCUCUGGGUGGGCGUGAACCCGCCCGGGGUAAAAACAGUAACAAUACGUCCGACCAAACGGUAUCUGGUGUGUGAUUUCAAUAAAUAUUGGUACAGCGGCUCUCACCUUUUACUGAUAUUCCUGAGUGUCGUGUGCACGGUUCUGGCCGUCAAAGGUCGUAAAUUGCCGAAGAAUUUUAACGAGGUUCGGCACAUCGGUUUGAGCAUGUUCACAUUCAAUAUCGUUUGGGUCGUUUUCAUGUGUGCACAAUACGGCGCUUCGCUUGAAUACGAUGUGAAAAUCAACUGCUUUGCAAUGAUCAUCUCCAGUUUAAUGAUCUUAGUGCCGUUAUUUGGUCCUAAAGUUUUCGUCCUGCUCUUCCGUGCGCACCUGAACAGGAAGGAAGAAUUCGAAGCGGAAGUCCGCCGCUAUUCAUUCGGUGUCCCCAAUGGUAACGUGUCAAGCUCCGCGACAUCGCUCAGGCGUGGUUCCUCUGUAACAUUUCGAACAGCGAAUCCUUCCAAUGAUCAGUUUUUGAGCGUCGACACUGAUGACUUUAAAAGAAAACGUUCGCAGAGCUUCGAUGUAAUGUCCACAAGACAUUACCAGGCUUCCACUGCUAACCGUUCGCGAAAAUUUUUUUCUAAGGGGACACAAACUAGUUUCUUUGCAGUCACUGAUCUUGUGAACACAAUUGAUUUAGGGAAAGGCUUAGAAAUUCCUCCAAUCAUUGUUAAAUUAGAGGCGGAACAGGAUAGUAAUGAUUUCUGCAUACAUGAAGGUAAAUACAACAACGUCACGAAUACCGAAUCACCAGUCUUCAGGACUACUGGCGAUUUCGAGGUAAUCUUAGAUGAUGAAACAAAUACUAAAACUCAUACUAUAAGAGGUAGCGCCCAAAAGAGACCGAACAAACUACCAGAUGGCAAUAUGGCCGCAGAUGAAAACGAUGAAUUGACUAAUUUGUUGAAAGAUUUACGGGUCCAAAAUAGUGAUAUAUCCCCAAAACGUGGAAACAUUUCAGACAAAUCAUCUGAGGUUUCGAAUAAUGGAGAGCUAACGAUUUUUGACACGAGUCCAUUUGGUGAAAGAACUGACGAACCAGAGAGGACAGAAAAUGAUUUCUUACAAUUCAAUUUGAAACAUGAUGGUGUAACUAAACCCAUAACGCUCAGUCAAAGAGAUGGAUAUGACAGAGAAACUGUAUUGUAGCUGGUUGGUUGGCUGGUUGACGCCUUUCACAAUCGUGAUGCAUUGUUCAUGAUCAGAGUGCGCCGAUGUAGUAAGGGCACCUGACUGAUUGUUGAUGAAAAAAUAAAUAUGCAUGACU